UUUCAGCUACCUACUCGUUCAGCAUUGGGUUCCUUCAUUAACUGCCAACUUCAGGCAAUUGCUUUACUUGCCUAGCUUUAUAUAUAUAUCCUUCAUACAUUUCUUGCUCCCUCACUUCAAAUAUCCAUGCAGCAAGACCAACUUCUGUAGCUCUUAAAACACAUUGUACAAAAAAAUAGUGCAGCAUUAUGGUGACUCAUCAAACUUUGAUCACCGCACUGUUCAUCAUGACUUUGGGUCUUGCAUGCGGGACACACUUCACGGCUUCCUUUGUCAUCAAGGGCUCUGUUUCCUGCAUGGAUUGUGUUUCCCAUCAUGAUAUCUCAGGAAUCAUGGUCUCGGUGAAGUGCGAUGAGGGAAAGAAGUUGGCCACGGUGGCAUUUACAAAAGAGGACGGCAGCUUUGAGACCACUCUUACUUCAAACCCACCGGUUUCCGCCGCCAGCUGCCGAGCAAAGAUUCUCGGAGGCGCCCAACAGCUAUAUGUCCAUAAGACAACCUCGGAGUCUAAGAUCAUCAAAUCACUCGGACCCAGCCCGUAUACAACCUCGGAGCCGCUGAGGUUUUACACCGAAUGCCCGAACAAGAAAUGUGGAGCUCCCGGAGAUUUGGUGUUCGGGUCGUCCAAAACCAUUGAUCUGCCCAAGGAGUGGGGACUUGCUCCCACUAGCUAUUACAUGCCUUUCAUUCCUAUUAUUGGAAUACCCUAAUUAUUAUUAUCAUAAAUAAAUGAAUGGGUUUAAUUUGUUGCUAUAAUAAAAUAAUUAGUAAGUGUUUAUUUAGUACGCAGUGCUGUUAAGGAAAAAGAAAAUGAUGAUAGGACACCAAAAAAACAUUUCAUAAUGAUUUAUUAUUUGUGGGACAUAUAUAUAUUUAUAUUUACCAAUAUAUAUGUAGACAGUGUAGUGUCACACUGAGAAAUUAAGUCCUCCAACCUUCCCUUUGUGUAAUCAUAUAAUUAUAUUGGAGUAUACAUACUCCGGACUGAUUAUUGUUCUUCAAUUACGUAAUUGUAUCAAUAUUAAUUUCUUUGAAACCAUUAUUUAUGGGUGCUGUUUUUGUAUUUUUUGUACAUCAUUCUAAAACUAUUAUACGUACUACGUAAUGUAUAUGCUCAAGAUUAUGUCAAUAACUUUAAUUAGC